ACAAACUAAUUUUAAAUCACUCUUACAAGGAAUACUUACACCAAUCAAUAUUUAUUUUAAUUUGAGAUAAUAAAACCUGUUUUUAUUAACCAGCUUGAAUUCAGACUACUUUUUUAAUGCAUUUUAGUAUUGAUAUCACAACUUCUGUCCGUAUAAUUGAUAUAAUGUCGAGAAUAUGUGGUGAAAUGGAGACAGAAUUAGGUCUACAUUUUCUGAAUGGAAUUGGAUUCUGGAACGUCUUUUGUUUGAAUCACAAAGAAAACGCUUCAAAGAUGAUGAAUGAACAUGGAAUCGAUUUCAAUCCAAAAUGUACAAAGGAAGAAUUUGUGACUCAAUUUGAAAAUAAGUCAGCCAAUUACGGAUCAAACAAAGAUGUGUGCUUAAGAAACUAUAAAAAUGUAUGUCAGGAUCCGGGGGAUUUCCUACAUGAUUUUCCAGAAAAUACUGCGGAUCUGUCUGCAAGAUGCAAAGCUCAUAUAAAGUACAAAGAGUGUUUGAUUGAUUACAAAGAAAAAUGUGGGGAGAAAAUAUAUGGAAUGUCACUUCAUGAAGAUUUAGAAACUCUGAAUACCUUUUGUGACGAAAAGUCCGUUUUGUUCCGUGCAUUGGCAGUUACGGGAAAAUGUUUCAAUAAAUGUAAUCCAAAUUCUAAUGAACUUGUUGAAAAAAGAGUUUACAGUUGCUGUGAUGAAAUAAAAAAUAAAGAUAUAGUGAAGUAUGAACUGGAAUACAAUCUACGAUAUCCGGAAGAUUAUAAUAUUAGGUUCUGUUUUUAUGAUCUCCAGUUGACGAAGUGUCUGGCUGACGUAAUAUUAAAAGAUUGUGGAGAGACAGCAAAAGAAUUAAUGUUGCAUGCCUUAAAAAUCAACAAAUUGAAGUACACAUUGUGCCGAGAUUUUCCAAAGGAAGCUGCGUUUUUCAUGAAUGAAUUAGAUUUCAGUUUGGAACCACAAUGUUCACUUGAGGAUUUCCGUAAUCAUUGUGAGAACGAAACCGAAAACGAUUAAGACUAAGAAAAUUCCCUUCAAAAUAAUAAAAAUAUUAUUUUGUUCUAAAUCUUAUAACUGCAAUUUAGAAACUGUACAAUAAAAAUUAAUGUACUGAAACAAUA